AUGUCGGUGGUAAGGAUAUUAAGAAACAGCUUCACCGUGGCGAGCAGUCUACUGGAGAAACAGGCCCUCAGGAGUAAUGAUACUGUUGCCAGCGCUGGUAUUGUUCAGUCGGGGUAUGGAAAACAACCUAGAAGGAGCAUGAGCAACGUAUACCCGAUGGUGAAGAUCAGCCGUAACAUGACUAUGACGGAUGAGAUUCAGAAAAUGGAAGUUCUUUGGCCAGAUGUUGUCAGAGAUAUCACAAGUAGUGAACGACACUUCGAUGUGCCAGAUGCUACCGAGUGGCUGGCCAAGAUACUGCAAUAUAAUGUGCCAAACAGCAAGAAGUACAGGGCACAGUGGCUGAUCCUCGCGUACAAAAAACUCGCACGUCCAGACCUUCUCACUGCCGAGAACCUUCGACUGAUGCGAAUACUUUGCUGGUGUACAGAAAUAAUUCAAAGUCACUUCCUGAUAAUAGAUGACAUACUGGACAACUCGCAGUCACGUAGAGAGCAGCCGUGCUGGUAUCGCCUGGAAGAUGUGGGCCAUACUGCCGUGAACGAUGCCGUUCUUCUGGAGCAUGCAACCUUUCACCUGCUCCGCAUGCACUUCAAAGACAAGCCCUGUUAUCUUGAACUCAUGGAAGCCAUGCAGGAGAUUAUUAUGGACGUAACAAUCGGUCAAGCUCUGGAUGUGAUGGCCACAAAUGCAUUGAAAAAGUCAGAUUGGAGCGCGUUUACCAUAGACAGGUUUAAUUUGAUCACCAAGUACAAAUCAAGCUUCAUGGCGUUCUUGUUACCGAUGCAGUUUGCCAUGUACUUGGCUGAGAUCAGAGAUCCAGAGGUACAUAAGCAGACAAAGGAAAUUCUGCUAAAGAUGGGACCUUUUUACCAAAUGCAAGACGACUACUUCGACUGUUUUAGCCACCCGGAAGCCGUUGGUGAGGAGGGAAAUGAUAUUCAGGAAGGUAAAUGCACGUGGUUGAUUGCCGAUGCUUAUCAGCGUGCUACUCUAGAACAGAGGAAGAUCCUUCAGGAGUGUUAUGGUGUAGACGACCCGAAAAAAGUUGCCAAAGUAAAGCAAUUGUACAUAGAUUUGGAAGUACCGAAGGCGUAUUCGAUUUGCAUGGAACAAACGUAUCAUAGCUUGAAUAAUGAAAUAAAACAGAUUCCACCUGGUCCUCUUCAAGACGUCUUAUUCGAAUUAUUUGACGUAACUUGGCGCAGAAAUGCAUAA